CAUUUUAAAGAGACUGAGGUUUUGGUGGUAACCCGGAAGUGAUUGGGAACAGGGGUAAACCCUGCCGGGGAUGUGGCCGUCAUAAACAGGCAGAUGAGAAUACAGAAUAACCCCACUGAAACGGCCCUGACAGGGACAGUGCUCACCUUGUACGAGUAUGGAUGGUGAUGACUGCAAUGGAAGGUCUUACAUAUCAGCAAGUGGAGAUUCUUCAAUGGAAAGAGACUUCUCUGGAGCCCUUGGCGGGCCAACAGUGAGCACCCCAAACAGCAAAGAGAACUCUCCUAGGCGCUCUCUUAGUGCCAACUCCAUUAAAAUUGAGCUGUACAGUGAUGAGGACCCAGGUCGCAGCACUGAAGAUGAAAGAGGGGAGCGGGUAGAGGAAGGGGCUGGAGAUCCGGGAUCCGAGGCUGUUGGAGGCUACAGGGAGCUCAGCAACCCUGAUGCGAUGCCAGCUGGAGCCACCAGACUACCAAAUGGAAAACUCAAGUGUGACAUCUGUGGAAUGAUCUGCAUUGGGCCGAACGUCCUCAUGGUGCACAAACGCAGCCAUACAGGUGAGCGACCAUUUCAGUGUAAUCAGUGUGGUGCCUCCUUCACACAAAAAGGCAACUUGCUCCGACAUAUCAAGCUGCACUCAGGAGAGAAGCCCUUUAAAUGUCCAUUCUGCAGCUAUGCCUGUCGAAGACGAGAUGCUCUCACCGGCCAUCUUCGCACUCAUGCAGUGUCAUCUCCAACUGUUGGGAAGCCCUAUAAAUGCAGUUAUUGUGGCCGUAGUUACAAACAGCAGAGCACCCUGGAGGAGCACCGUGAGCGCUGCCAUAGUUACCUGCAGAGUCUGGAGUCACAGCAACCAACCGGUGCACACAGUUCAGGAGAGGAGAUGAGAGAGCUAGAGUUUAUACCAGACUCUCUACAGCAGCCCUCCUCAGACAAGAUGACAUUUAUCGAUCGGCUCUCCAACAACAUCACCAAACGCAAGAGAUCCACACCCCAAAAAUUUGUAGGGCAGAAGCACAUGCGCCUCAAUCUUGCAGAUGCAUCUUACGAGCUCGCUGCUGGUCCUGAGAAAGAUGGCGACAUGCACACAGGGGACCUCGACGCCCCUCACUUCCCCGGUCUGGGUGGAGAAUACGCAGGUGUGGCAGGUAAUGGUGGAGGCGGGGUGUCAGACACACUGAGGCCCAUACACCUUCCUACCGCUCAUCCCUCAUGUCUGUCAGAACUCAGGCCAAUCCACGGCUCCGCUCAUGCUCCUAAUGCUCUGGGCCCGAGGUUGGACUGCACAGGGACAGGAGGCGGACCUGGGGUCGUGGGUGUUGGGGGGAGGGAGGCCGCAGAGGGUCACGAGGACCUUCCCGCCGGUCGAAGUCACGCGCCAUCGCCCAGCAACGGCUGCCAGGAUUCUACGGACACGGAAAGCAUGGCAGAUGAGCCAUGCAACAGCACUGCUCUAACUCUGACCCUGCACAGUAACAACGGCCACCACCUCCUCCACUCCAACAAUCACAACCCGGCGCCGCCUCCCAUCAUGCACCACAGGAGCCGGGACAGACACAGCCCCAGCCACGCCAAAGACAGAGAGAUGGAAAGAGAUGACAGAGGCCACUCCGCCCUCCCGCCUCCCGCCCUGGCCCCAACGCCCAGCUCGCCCACAGCACCCUCCUCUACCUCAAGGGAGGCGUUCCGAGUCGUCGACGGCGAGGGACGGGCCGUGCGAUCUUUCCGGUGCGAGCACUGCCGCGUGCUCUUCUUAGAUCACGUCAUGUUUACCAUCCACAUGGGCUGCCAUGGAUUCCGCCAGCCUUUCGAGUGCAACAUUUGUGGCCACCGCAGCCAGGACCGCUACGAAUUUUCCUCACACAUCGUCCGCGGAGAGCACAUGCUUGACUGACGGGACUGACGAACCGCUUCACCUAAAGCUCUUUUUGUUUUUGACCUGACACACGGACCUGGCUGGGUUUGGUCUGCACAGGCGUUGAAGUGGUCAAUGAUGUCAUGAAACUGAUACUAUUUCAAACAGGCACUGGCACGGUCAGCACGGAAACCCUGAAAUACACAUUUCUAACAUUAUAACAGUGGUCCUUUUUACUUUCGAUGCACUUUUGGAAAAAAAAUGCAUUUCCUUUUAAAUGUGUUGUAGAAUAGAUGAAGAGCCAAUGCACUUUUUCAUUCGCGGACGUGCCUUGCUCCAAAAUUGACUUUUUGACAUGAUGCACAAAUUAUAAGACAAAUCUGUCCAAACAUGAAAGCGUUUCUCUUGUGUGCACUUUAACAGAAAACUAAUUAUGACAUUUUUAGCUUGCCUAUGAGUGAUUCUGUACAGAUUUUUAUGCCUUGUGAUAAAAGCAACUUUUGCGGCUAAAUGAUAUAUUUACAAACCUCUUGUCUGGCAGAGUUUGUCCAACUUGAAGGUGAGUCUGCACAAAGGAUUGCUUUUUUUUUUUGUUUGUUUUGUUUUUUUUCCCCUCAAUGUUAUAUAGAAGUGCAGACCAAACUCAAAACCCAGGUCCAAGUCAGGCAGACUGUGUUGUGUGACGACUGUCGUUGAAUUA